GAGGAGCCGUGGAACGGGAAGCGCUCGCAUUGUUGCCAAGUUGCUCGGCUUCGCGCGCGGGAAAGAGAACGCAGGAGCGCGGCCAACCGCCGGGGAAAAAGGAUACACAACGUUCCAUUUUGCGCGGCGUCGAACGCGCGGGGAGGUUGCAGCCUUCUCCAACUGAUCAGGGAAGUGCCCCGCCUGGAUCUCGCUAACUACUUGCCCCUUCCUUCCUUCCUUCUUUCUUUCCUUCCUUCCUGCCUGCCCCGAUCUCUCUGCGCUCUACGGAGAGGCAAGCUGGGAUCCACCCCAGCCAAACCCUCCUCCCAUGGAGAACUUCCAGAAGGUGGAGAAGAUCGGCGAGGGCACCUACGGCGUGGUCUACAAAGCGAAGAACAAAGUCACCGGGGAGGUGGUGGCGCUUAAGAAAAUCCGCCUGGACACGUGAGUGCAAAUAAUUCCUCGCCAGACACCCCCACCCACUCCAAAAAAAACCCCAAAACAAAACCCAAUUUCUAAGAAAGAAACUCUGGGUGGCCUGGCGAGCAAAAAAUAAAAAAUCCCCUUCGCUGCUGCUUGAAGGCGCUGGAAAGAAUCUGCAGACGAAUCUGCUCCUCUCUUUGCUUUAGGAGGAAGAGGAGGAGGAGCCGGGAUUUUCUCUUUUGAAUGGGUGGGUUCGCGGCCCUCCCUCCUUCCUGUAACUUCGCGGACGGAGAACAGAACUUCCCUUGUGCGCCGAUUCGGUAUAUAUUUAGGGCCGACCUACGCGAGGCGGAGCGGGAGAGAGCCGUUCUCCUCCCCUCCCCUCCCGCUCUCUUGGCCUCACUUUCGGGGGGGGGGCUCGUAGUACCUACUCUAAUGUUGGGGGGGGGGUUGCCCUCAAGUCGUGGUUUUGCUUGGCUGCAAUGCCCAGUUACUCCGGUUCAGGGUGCUGGACUUAUUUUGAGUACACAAUUUUCCCUCCCUCUCUCUCUCUCUCUCUCAAGUUUCAUAUGAAACUUCUGAAUUGCAACUUAUUGAAAAGUACGAUUCUGUUCAUACGGAUCUGAAUGACCCCCUUGCGGCGUUAAUUUUCUGAGCGAUGCUAAAAUGUUCGUUAUGGCCAGUUACUGCAUUGCAAAAGGCCACCGGGCUUAUUUUGCACACAUUUUAAGUUCUAAUCGAAUUGUCGGGAUGGGACCCUCCAUAGGCGUAGCCAAGGGGGAAGGCAGCUGCCCCCCCCCAUAAUCCUCCAAAAUUAUUGAAAAGCUUUAAAAAUACAGUACCAAAUUAACUGAGCUCCGGCCUCCCAGCAGAAGCCUGCCCCCAGUAAUUGUGCUCUAUUUGGUGGGAUUUUUUUUUACCUAUGAUCAACACUUUUUGGGUGAUCUCCCCCCAAAAAGCUCAACAACUUUUUGCUCCCCCCCCCAAAGAAAAAUCCUGGCUGGCUAUGCCCGUGGGAUCCUCAGGGUGAUUUAUACACACCAUAAAUUUAAAGAAUAUUCAACGCAUAUAUGAUUUCCCUAAAGAACAGUAGGAACUGUAGUUUCCCCUCCACUGGCAUGCAGUUUCCAGCACCUUUAGCAAACUAUAGUUCUCAGGAUUCUUUGGGAAACGUCAUGCACCUUAAAUGUAUAGUGUGUGUCUUCUUGACGGGGAAGGGAGCCCCUCAUUUUGUAUCUAGAUUUUUUUCCUAGUGGCGCUGGGGCCUCAUCUUGAUUGUGCUGCUUUUGAAAUGGGCAGUCCAGGAGAAUCUGGGCUGGAAGAGAACCCUGAAUUUUCCCUGAAUGCUGUUUGCUGGGAGUCGCAAGCGCAGUGGGAAGGUUGUAGUCGGGCCUUGCUUACAGGCUUCCCAUAGGCCACUGUGAGGACAAAGAUGGGUCUUUGACCCGAUCAAGCAGGACUUUUCUCCUGUUCUCAUACUCUUAAUCAGUGGUUGGGAUUAAUUCUUCCAGGCUGGAGAGGAGAGUGUCUCUGAGCAUGGGCAAAGUGAUGUAUUUUCUGUGACCACAGCCUAUCCUCAUUAAUGUUAGAAAUUCAGAUAUGUAAGCUAGGUGCUAAAUGGCUCCUUAAAGCAGGGUUGCAGUUGCCAACACAGAAUGCCUAGUUGCCAUUUCCGGGGCCAGGCGGCUCGAAAGUCGUAUUUUUCAGUAUAGGAGUUUUUGGUUCCUGAAAUUCAUUCUGAUUGUGCAGAUGAAAUAUAACAGAUAGAAUUCUACAGGGUGUGUUGCCAGUGUGGGAAAACCAUCAAGAUCCAAGGAUCACCAGGCACGCACCUCCAGAUGGUGGAGAUGUCGGGCGUCAUCCUGACACCCAGGCAUCUUCACAUGGUUUCAAGUGGCUGAUAGCCAGGUGCAAAAUGCUCUUGGCACCAGGCAAAUUUUGAACACUAAUCCUCCUAUAUCUUAAGGCAGGCAAUAGGUUCUAGGUUCAGGAUGUGCUGCUGGCAAAAUAUGACUUUACAUGAGUGGCAAAACCCUACUCCCUUCCCCACUAUUGUGGGUUUAAUGUAAACUGAGCAGUCUUGCUAAAGGUAACGGGACCCCUGAGCAUUAGGUCCAGUUGUGGCCGACUCUGGUGUUGCGGCGCUCAUCUCGCUUUAUUGGCCGAGGGAGCCGGCGUACAGCUUCUGGGUCAUGUGGCCAGCAUGACUAAGCCGCUUCUGGCGAACUAGAGCAGCGCACAGAAAUGCCGCUUACCUUCCUGCCGGAGCGGUACCUAUUUAUCUACUUGCACUUUGACGUGCUUUCGAACUGCUAGGUUGGCAGGAGCUGGGACCGAGCAACGGGAGCUCACCCCGUCGCAGGGAUUCAAACCGCCGACCUUCUGAUCGGCAAGUCCUAGACUCUGUGGUUUAACCCACAGCGCCACCCGCGUCCCUGAGCAGUCUUGCUACUCUGUGUUUAUACAAUGCCCAAUGUACUGGAUUGGAAUGAAUUACCCUAGAUCUACAAUCCUAUAGCCACCCUUGAGCUAUUUCUGUUGAACUCAAUGGGACAUCCUCUCGAGUAGUCACGUUUAGGAUUGUGCUGUAGGGUCACCUUUUUGUAUUACCGUUACUUGGGGGUUUAAAACAUAGUGAAUGUUGACUGUGACACAUUUAUAUCCCAACCUUACUCUGAAGAAGCCCCACGUUGACAUACUUGUUUCUUCUUCCUAAUUAAUUCUCACGACAACUUUUCAGAAGAUUAGGCUCGUCGCCCAGUGAACUUAGCUGAAUUCAUGCUCUGGAUUUUCCCAGCCCUUGCCCAACAGCCUACUGACUGUUUAAUAAUGCUAAGGCCAACAGGUGGUGGUGGGGAAACAAGCCCUAAGUUGUUCUUGGAAAAAUAUGGCCUGAAGUUCCUGGAAUCAAUGGCAAACUGAUGUAAAUAGCUAUGUGGACAGCUAACUGCAAUGGUUAAUUUUAAAAAAAUGAGUGCAGGCUUCCCAUGUGCCUAGCAUUGACUGUGGUUUGACAUUUUUAGAGGCACAUUGUGUUAUGCCUGAUGUUCACCUUGCAUUCACGGUAGGUUUAGACACUGAGCCAUGGGUCUGGCUGAGUUGCUAUUGGAGCUCAUUUUGGCCCCUAUGAAAUUCACCCGGCAAAGCUAACAGCAAACCAUAGUUUAAAGAAAUACUUCAUACUGGUACACACAACUCAAAUGUCCCCUGUUUUGCACGUCGCUUCCUAGAGCACAGAAGCAAGCCGAGGAAGGAAGCAGCCGGCUUUUAGCAUUGUGUGAAUCAGUGUGUAUGCGCACUGCGUUUCUUCCAAAUAAGCCGUGGCUGGGAGCUAGGGUUUGUUCUUGGUCUCUUGCUUAGGGUUUGUUUCCCUGCUCUAGAAAGGGAGAAGGCCAGUCCCUAUGGCUUAUGAGCAGCAUUGCAGCCAAGUAUGAUCCCUGGCAGUUGAAUUGUUGAUCCCGAAAGAGGUUGACCUAAUGAAAUAGAUCAACUUGACUUGCGCUGCGUUCCUUUCCCUUUGGUAUAGUAGGCCAGAAGAAAUGAUUAUUUUAUUGGCGUUGCUAAUAGAUUAAUUAGAUGCAUUAAUUGCAUAUUUGAAAAUGUGCUGCUUGAGCUGUGCCUUUGGAAAGAGUUUCCCAGUGCUUGAGGGCACUGUUAACAGUAUAAUGAGCAUAUAUUUUUUAUUUUAGACAUUGAUGGGGAUACUGUAAUUACUUGGUAAACUGAGGCUGUGUGCCAUAGACAGAACACUGUGCAUAUUAUUAUCCCCCACCCCUGUCCCUACUUUUAAGGUAUUUCUCUCCCCAAAGAGAACAUGGGAUGUGUGCAGUUGCUGCCUUUUUUUCAGCAUUCUGAUCUCAUAAUAAUAAUAAUAUUAAUAAUAAUUUAUUAUUUAUACCCCGCCCAUCUGGCUGAGUUUCCCCAGCCACUCUGGGCGGCUUCCAAUCGAGUGUUAAAAACAAUACAGCAUUAAAUAUUAAAAACUUCCCUAAACGGGGCUGCCUUCAGAUGUCUUCUAAAAGUCUGGUAGUUGUUGUUCUCUUUGACAUCUGGUGGGAGGGCGUUCCACAGGGCGGGCGCCACUACCGAGAAGGCCCUCUGCCUGGUUCCCUGUAACCUCACUUCUCGCAAUGAGGGAACCGCCAGAAGGCCCUCGGUGCUGGGCCUCAGUGUCUGGGCUGAACGAUGGGGGUGGAAACGCUCCUUCAGGUAUACAGGACCGAGGCCGUUUAGGGCUUUAAAGGUCAGCACCCUUUCCAAACCCCUGCCUCAUGGUUUUCAGGGACAGGAAAAUGCUGUUUGAACAUAGCAUUCUCUUGGCUGUCCAUUUGGACCUAGCAGCGGUCUGCAUUGAUAACAUACGUGCAAAUUACCUGCAGUUCGUGGCAUGCCCACCUGCCAUGCACAUGUGAAAUCAGGUGCUGGGCAGGUGAAAAUGCAGCUGCCAGUUCAGAAUUGGGAGCCUUAAAGCACACUCCUGAUUGUGCAUCAGCAAGGGAGGCUGGCUGUCGCUGCCAGUUAUCUGAGUGGUGGUGAGGGCAAACCAAGCGAGAUUGUCUGUGCUAUGGGGUUCCCCAUACAACACUAGGUGGAGGUUGAAACCUGUGCCUGUUUAGCCUGCUGGCAAUAUUCAGAGUUCUGUACCCCUGUUCUAACAUGGUGGCAGUUUGCCUGCCCUGCUUUUAACUUAUUUAGGGCAAUCCCCCCCCCCCCUUUCAAACUCUUCUAUACUACAAUCGUACCUUGGAAGAAUCCGUUCCAGGAGUUCAUUUGACUUCCAAAACAUUCAAAAACCAAAUUGCAGCUUCUGAUUGGCUGCAGAAAGUUCCUGCAGCCAAUCAGAAGCUCGGACGUUCAGGUCCCAAAAAUAGUUCGCGAGUGGAACAUUCACUUCCAGGUUUGCGACGUCCGGGAGCCAAAAUGUUCGGGAACUAAGCUGUUCAAAAACCAAGGUAUUUGGCAAAGUGAGUUAGUCUGGGUACGUAGCACCACCAUCAAAAACAGUUCAGCCGGUGGCAUCGCUGCACAUUCCAGGAACUGAUUUUAUAUGAUUUAAGGUUAAUCAGCUAGGCUAGAUACAGGGGAAGGCCCAGUGCAAUGUUGUUUGGGCUUCAGUGUGCAAACUGAUUAGACCGCAUGCCUUUGCUGAAUAAACGUCCACAGUGGAAAAUCCUUUCUCCCACAAGUGCCCAGUUUUGGUGCCCAGUUUGCCACAUUGAGGGAGCAUCUUAUUAUGUCGGAUCAGUGGGUCAUGGACACGGCUACUUCCGCUCUGUAGCACCCUCUCUGCCCUUCUCACCUUGUUUCCCCUCUUUGUUCGCAGGGAGACUGAAGGCGUCCCGAGUACAGCAAUCCGGGAGAUUUCCCUGCUAAAGGAGCUGAACCACCCCAACAUUGUCAAGUAAGUAUGUGGAAGGAAGUUGGCUGAGAUCUGUGCUUUGGGAAGGAGUGAGUAGAAUGUCUUCCGUUCCAGUCAAUUUAUUAAGGGUACAACACUCCUUGGGACGCGGGUGGCGCUGUGGGUUAAACCACAGAGCCUAGGACUUGCUGAUCAGAAGGUUGGCGGUUCAAAUCCCCGCAACGGGGUGAGCUCCCGUUGCUUGGUCCCUGCUCCUGCCAACCUAGCAGUUCGAAAGCAUGUCAAAGUGCAAGUAGGUAAAUAGGUACCACUCCGGCAAGAAGGUAAACGGCAUUUCCGUGCGCUGCUCUGGUUCGCCAGAAGUGGCUUAGUCAUGCUGGCCACAUGACCCGGAAGCUGUAGCCCGGCUCCCUCGGCCAAUAAAGCGAGAUGAGGGCCGCAACACCAGAGUCGGUCACGACUGGACCUAAUGGUCAGGGGUCCCUUUACCUUACAACACUCCUUGGAGGUGCCAUCCUAACUGCCCAUUCUAUCCAGUAUCUGGUAGCAACUAUCAGAGGAUGCUUCAAAGAAGAUUACAUAAUAGUCAAACUGCACAGAGCUACCACUCCCCAGUGUUUCUGUUUCUAUAAAUCUUUGAGGCGCGCAGCCUGGGAGUCAUUCUGGACUCACAGCUGUCCAUGGAGGCACAGGUCAGUUCUAUGUCCAGGGCAGCUGUCUGCCAGCUCCAUCUGGUACGCAGGCCGAGACCCCACCUGCCCGCAGACUGUCUUGCCAGAGUGGUGCAUGCCCUGGUUAUCUCCCGCUUGGACUACUGCAAUGUGUUCCACGUGGGGCUAACUUUGAAGGUGACCCGGAAAUUGCAACUAAUCCAGAAUGCGGCAGAUAGACUGGUGACGGAGUGGCCGCCGAGACCACAUAACACUGGUCCUGAAAGACCUCCAUUGGCUCCCAGGACGUUUCCGAGCCCAAUUCAAAGUGUUGGUACUGACCUUUAAAGCCCUAAAAGACCUCGGCCCUGAAGGAACGUCUCCACCCCCCAUCAUUCAGUCCAGACACUGAGGUCCAGUGCCGAGGGCCUUCUGGCGGUUCCCUCCCUGCAAGAAGUGAGGUUACAGGGAACCAGGCAGAGGGCCAUCUCAGUAGUGGCACCUGUCCUGUGGAACGCCCUCCCAUCAGAUGUCAGGGAAAUAAACAACUAUCUGACUUUUAGAAGACAUCUGAAGGCAACCCUGUUUAGGGAAGUUUUUAAUGUUUGAUUGUGUUUUUAAUAUUCUGUUGGGAGCUGCCCAGCGUGGCUGGGAAAACCCAGCCAGAUGGUGGGCGGAGUAUAACUAAUAAAUUAUUAUUAUUAUUAUUAUUAUUAUUACUAUUAUUAUUAUUAAGGUUUAAGGGUGUUGCAUUAUUCCUGGCCAGAAAAAUGCCUUCUCAUUACUGCUUCCUUAUCAGAUUCCUUAUUUCUUCCUUCCCUGACUCUCCAGGUUGCUGGAUGUGAUCCACACCGAGAACAAGCUCUACCUGGUCUUUGAGUUCCUACACCAGGACCUCAAGAAGUUCAUGGAUUCUUCGUCCGCCAUCAGUGGCGUAGAGUUGCCCCUUACCAAGGUGACUAGGAGGAGGGCAGGGCUGCUAGGCUAUGAAACACGUAGGCACACACACAGUGAAUACACUGGCGACGUUGGUUUUCGCUAAUACCCAGAUUAGUGCAGAAGCGCCGAUGUUGCGCUCCUGCACUCGCAGGUUCGCCCUGUUCCUUUUCUGAGGGCGGCUUUGUGUCUGCGGUGGAAUGUGUGCACAAGGCCAGCGUUGAAGUGAAUGAGGAAACUCCCGGCAUGUUCAGGGAGUCCUGUAUGUGCAUGCAUAGAAGGAAUGCACCAGUGUGGAGAAAGGCUAGAUCUUGGAUCUCUCUAGAGUUGGGUAACAUCUUCAUAUAAAGGUAAAGGGACCCCUGACCAUUAGGUCCAGUCAUGACCGACUCUGGGGUUGCGGCGCUCAUCUCGCUUUAUUGGCCGAGGGAGCUGGCGUACAGCUUCUGGGUCAUGUGGCCAGCAUGACUAAGCCACUUCUGGUGAAACCAGAGCAGCACACGGAAACACCAUUUACCUUCCCGCCGGAGCGGUACCUAUUUAUCUACUUGCACUUUGACAUGCUUUCGAACUGCUAGGUUGGCAGGAGCAGGGACUGAGCAACGGGAGCUCACUGUGUCGCGGGGAUUUGAACCGCCGACCUUCUGACUGGCAAGUCCUAGGCUCUGUGGUUUAACCCACAGUGCCACCCGCGUCCCUAACAUCUUCAUAUAGAAAUGGGUAAAAUAAAGGUGAAGGAACCCUGGAUGGUUAAGUCCAGUCAAAGGCGACUAUGGGGUUGCAGGGCUCAUCUCGCUUUCAGGCCGAGGGAGCCUGUGUUUGUCUGCACACAGCUUUCUGGGUCAUGUGGGCAGCAUAACUAAGCCGCUUCUGGUGCAAAGGGACACCGUGACGGAAACCAGAGCGCAUGGAAACACCAUUUACCUUCCCAUCGCAGCAGUACCUAUUUAUCUACUUGCACUUUUUGGCGUGCUUUCGAACUGCUGGGUUGAUAACAGCUGGGACAGAGCAAUGGGAGCAGAGGGCUUUCUUGGUAGUGGCGCCCACCCUGUGGAACACCCUCCCUUCAGAUGUGAAGGAAAUAAGCAACUAUCCUAUCUUUAAAAGACAUCUGAAGGCAGCCCUGUUUAGGGAAGUUUUUAAUAUUUAAUGCUGUAUUGUUUUUAACACUCGAUUGGAAGCCGCCCAGAGUGGCUGGGGAAACUCAGCCAGAUGGGCGGGGUAUAAAUAAUAAAUGAGGAGGAGGAGGAUGGGGAUUCGAACCGCCGACCUUCUGAUCGGCAAGCCCCAGAGGCUCAGUGGUUUAGAGCACAGCGCCACCUGUGAUAGACAUGGGUACAGAUUGUAUGGUUUAAUGUUGUUUUCACACUUUAUCCUUCGGUGAUGUGUUUUUAAAAUGACAAAAAAACUCCCAACUUGGCUUAUAAUAAAAGAAGGGCUGUGGCACACAAUCUGCCCACGGGGGUGGGGGCAGGACUUUGUGUGGUCCCCCCUGGUUUGUCCUUGGUUUGCGUAGAGCAGAGGUCAGCAACUUUUUCAGCAGGGGGCCGGUCCACUGUCCCUCAGACCUUAUGGUGAGCCGUACUAUGUUUUGAAAAAAGAAAAGAAAAAAGAACGAAUUCCUAUUCCCCACAAAUAACCCAGAGAUGCAUUUUAAAUAAAAGGACACAUUCUACUCAUGUGGAAACAUGCUGAUUCCAGGACCUUCCGCAGGUCGGAUUUAGAAGGCGAUUGGGCCGGAUCUGGCCCCUGGGCCUUAGUUUGCCUACCCAUAGCGUGGGCUCUACAUACUUCAACAGGCAGGCAGGGAUUCUGUGGAGGAGUAAUUUGCUCUUCUCCAUGCAUUCACGGUAAUUGCAAAUGCACUAGGAUCCAUGUGAGCCCCAAGGCCAGUUGGGAAGGGAAAUGUUCUGUUGGGUCUUAUUGCAGUCCUUUCUCCUGGGCUGCACUGGGCUGUAAAUCCUUAGCCGCCAGGUCUGAGACAAAAAGUGGCAGUAAGGAUCACCUGUGUUGCGAACAGAAAAACCUGGCAACCUAAAAGUACAGUGGUACCUCAGGUUAAGAACUUAAUUUGUUCCGGAGGUCCGUGCUUAACCUGAAACUGUUCUUAAACUGAAGCACCAUUUUAGCUAAUGGGGCCUCCUGCUGCCACUGCGCCGCCGGAGCACAAUUUCUGUUCUCAUCCUGAAGCAAAGUUCUUAACCUGAAGCACUAUUUCUGGGUUAGCGGAGUCUGUAACCUGAAGCAUAUGUAACCUGAAGCGUACGUAACCUGAGGUACCACUGUCAGGCUGAUAAUUUGAUUGCAACACUUCAUACAGCUACUAAAUUGUAUCUUCAUUCAGAGUCAAGUGGCCUACAAUAUAUACAAGGUAACGCCAACUAAUGUGACUUCAGCGAAUUUCCCAGAGUAGGGGAUUUUUUGGAUGGUGUAUCAAACGGAGAAUAAUUCAAGCUUGAGGCAACAUGCCUUCCAAAAUAAGUGUAAAGUCCCCAACCACAGCACAGAUGCGCCUGGUUAUAUACACGACUUAUUCAUAUAUUUAGCGGUGAAUAGGCUGAAAGAAGUUGGUGCUCCAGUGGCAAACUUAACACAGACAAAUCCAAUCCCUUUUCCCUACUUUAAACUUUCUAGGCGUGGCCAGUUCAGGUGACUCAGCAGCAGAGAUGUCCCCUCCCGUCAUUAAAAUUCAUUUCCAAAAUGCCGAGAUCAAAUGAAUUUUAAUGACGGGAGAGGAUUUAGGUCAUCUCUGCUUGAGCUGUUGACUCAGCUUAAGUGGCGACACCUCGUAGGUUCAAGUAGCAGGAAGGAACUUUGGAUGGGUUCCCAGCAUUUUAAGCUCUCAGCUGCUGGUGCUGAGGCCAGUUCUCCUGACAGCGAGCUUUCCGUUGGUUCUGUAGGGCUGCUUUCUUGUCUCUCAUCCUUUCUGUCUCUCUUCCCCCAGAGCUACCUGUUCCAGUUGCUGCAGGGACUCGCCUUCUGCCACUCUCACCGCGUGCUCCACCGUGACCUGAAGCCACAAAACCUCCUCAUCAACGCAGAGGGAGCCAUAAAAUUGGCCGACUUUGGGCUUGCUCGGGCGUUUGGCGUGCCCGUGCGAACCUACACGCACGAAGUGAGUGUGUGUUGCUUGCUUGUUUCUGAUUGAUUUUCUCCCUCCCCCCCCCAACUCCCCAAAUAUUGGGGGAAAUAAUUGUCUCGGUGCUGCAAGUGUGUAAUGUAAUGGCACAAAUUGGCUUCCCAGAGAUUUCCCCCAAAUUGAUGGUCCAGGGAGCUCCGUAUAACUAGUUAGUAUUACAUGGGGCUGCACCCAGGGUGGAUAAAAUUCAAUGAUUUAAUAAUAAUAAUAAUAAUAAUAGAAGAUUUUUAAAAAUUUAAGUGGGUUUUUAAAAAAAAGUUUAACCACACCAGUUAACAAACAUGGAUACAUAUGCUAUAAUGUUACUGUUUUAGUUAAAUAAAUUGUUUAAAUUGUUAUUAAGGAAAUGAUUGUUUUUCUCCUUCCAAUAAGGUACAGCAGAAGAGUUGUCCAAAUAUAAUCAGUGAACUUAUUAAACCUCACAAUAAUUUCAUAAUUAUUGGUCUAUGUAAUUCUAAUAGUAGAACCAAAUCAGUAAUUUUUGAUAUAACUGUAAACACUACUCUGAAAAUUUAUUAUUCCAAAAAUUAAACCUUCUUCUGGUUGUAAAUAUUAAGAUUAUACCAGCAAGAAUGAGUCUUUCUGUAAAAGAAAUAUGAUUUAAAUCAAGUCUUACUGACCCGUGAUUUAAAUCAAAUGCAUCCUGGCUGCACCUAAAGACAGUUUGGAAGCUUGAUUUGUUUAAAAAUGCAGUUCCCGACCUCAAACAGGUGCCAGUAGGUUUGGUCACAUAAACCCUCUUCGCUGGCCAUCAGUUUGCAUCCACACACAAUUCAAAAGGCUUUUCAGCUCUAAAGCUUUAAAUGCCUUGGAGCCGGGAUACUUUAAGAACCGUCUUUUCCGAUAAGAAAUUGCCCUGAUCGUUCAAGUCCACAUCAGAAGCCCUAUUGUGUCUUUUAACAUUGGCAUAAGUGCCAGUUUGUGGGUGCAGGGCAGAGGACCUUCUCUGAGUCUUUGGCCCAUGUUUUCUUACAGGCACUGAAAACUGGUUUACGUGGCUUUCUUAACGACGUGAUAUUAGUACUGUGCUGCUCCUCCCUGUUUACUGACUGGUGGGUUUUCUGGGUCUGCCCUGUUUCUCAUAUUUUAAAGUAUAUUUAUAGAUUUUUCAAAUUGUGGCCAGAUGCUUCUGUUGUACUUUUAGAUGGAAAAGUGGAUGCUGUUGUUGGAUGAUUUAUUUAUGCGCAGCUUUUCGACCGGUGGGCAUAUUAAAAUAGAUAUAUAUGCAGUUGAGUAGAUGGAAAUGCCGUAAAUCAGUCAUCAAUAAAUAAAUCGGCAAGCAAAGCAAUACUAAACAUUGAAAUCCGCAGGAGAGACAAAAGAAAGCCGCCUCAAGCUGCAGGAUUCUCGCCAACCAAUAAUAAUAAUAAUAAUAAUAAUAAUAAUAAUAAUAAAUGUAAAGGGACCCCUGACCAUUACUUCCAGUCGUGGCCGACUCUGGGGUUGCGGUGCUCAUCUCGCUUUAUUGGCCGAGGGAGCCGGCAUACAGCUUCCAGGUCAUGUGGCCAGCAUGACUAAGCCGCUUCUGGCAAACCAGAGCAGCGCACGGAAAUGCCGUUUACCUUCCCGCUGGAGCAGUACCUAUUUAUCUACUUGCACUUUGGUGCGCUUUCGAACUGCUAGGUUGGCAGGAGCAGGGACCAAGCAACGGGAGCUCACCCCAUCGCGGGGAUUCGAACCACCAACCUUCUGAUCGGCAAGUCCUAGGCUCUGGUUUAACCCACAGCGCCACCCGCGUCCCAAUAAUAUACGUACCACUACAUAAAUAUAGUAAAAUAGAUCUUCAGUAAGCAAUUGACAUUUUUGGACACAGCAUUAGAAAAGCUGUCAUUGAGAUGCAGCCUGCAAAAUGUAAAAUGAUGCUGUGACUUUCUUAUGAGCAUAAAUCGGUAAAAAACCAAAGCAAUGUGGGCAUUAAUAGUGCUUUAGUUUAACUAUUAUGAUCUAAGGAUACACGGUUGCCCAGAAUUCCCUAUUUAGUUGGCACCUGCUUUGUGCGAGAGAGACGGUUGGUCUGGGGAUUUGGAUCCCCCCCCCAGCUGUAAUAAUAAUCAUAAUUUUAAUAAUGUUAUUAUUCAUACCCUGCCCAUCUGGCUUGGUUUCCACAGCCAUUCUGGGCUGCUGUGAGCAACAUGGGAAUUUGCACUACAGCACAUCAGACCAUUGGUUUUCUCUUCUUUGGUAUAGGCUACACAGACUGGCAGUGGACUGUUAAGAUUCUAGUCAGGGGUCAUUCUCAGCCUUGCUUAAAGAUGUCAAGGAUUAAAUUUGGGAUAUUUUGUCUGCACAGCUUGUGCUCUGCCACUGAGCUACAGUGGUACCUCGGGACCUCAUUCUGGAGGCCCGUUCUUAACCUGAAACUGUUCUUAACCUGAGGUACCACUUUAGCUAGUGGGGCCUCCCGCCGCCAACAUGUGAUUUCUGUUCUCAUCCUGAAGCAAAGUUCUUAACCCGAGGUACUAUUUCUGGGUUAGCGGAGUCGGUAACCUGAAGCGUCUGUAACCUGAGGUACCACUGUACCGCCCUUGGCCGCAAAAAAAUUAUCUUCAGAUUAUCUUUUAAAUAAAAGUUGGAUAAUUACGGCCUUCUCGGUAGUGGCAGCCGCCCUGUGGAACACCCUCCCAUCAGAUGUCAAGGAGAUGAAUAACUAUAGAACCUUCAGAAGACUUCUGAAGGCAGCCCUUUUAAUGUGUAAUAAUAAAAAAUAAUAUGUAACAAAAAUAAUACUUAAAUUUGUAUGCUGUCCUAUCCUCACAGGUCUCAGGGCAGUUACAAUGUAAAAUCACAAUAUAAAAUGCAAAAUACAGAAUAUAAACAAACAACCCAGUAAACAUCCCCAACCCAAACAAGCUUGCUCCAGCCUCCAUGUGACAGCCCUUUAGAUAUUUGAAGAUGGAUAUUAUCUCUAUGUCUCCUCUUUCCGAGGCUAAACUUACCCAGCUCCUUCAACCAUUAUUAUGUUCUUAUAUCUGUUGGAAGCCACCCAGAGUCGCUGGGGCAACCCAGGCAGAUGGGCGGGGUAGAAAUAAAAUUAUUAUUAAUUAUACUAUUGUUGUUAUCUGCAGCGAGCAACAAUAUAGGUUUGGGAAAGGGCUACUCUUUUGAAAAUAAUUCCUGAGUCUUUUAAAGUCAAAACAUCAUGUACAACUGAUUUUCUAAUAACUGGAAAGCCUCAUAGUUGCUGUUUUUUGGACCCCGUGUUUUCUUUGUCAGAAAAAACCUUGGUGGAGCGAAUGUUUAUCCAAGCCUCUUGAUUAUCCGGUUGUUUUAGGUGUGCACAUUCAGGGUAACCCUCCUUAUGAAGGAGUUGCUGGCGUGUGCCCCUGUUUUGAAUGCUAAUCUUACCUUCAUUCACAGGGGCUGGAGUUGCACCUGUAAUAAACUGGGACUCCUUCCUGCCAAUGGCCUGUAAUUUAAUUGCAUGUAUGUAUAAAAGGGGGAAAACAAUAACACUGAAUUGUUUAUGGGUGUUUUGUGCUUUACACUAGGUGGUGACCCUCUGGUACCGAGCUCCAGAAAUUCUCCUUGGCUGCAAAUACUACUCAACGGCUGUGGACAUAUGGAGUCUGGGUUGCAUCUUCGCAGAGAUGGUAUAUACCUUUUUUCCGGGAAUGAAGUGGGGUGGGCGUGGUGAACGUGGCAUCAGCUGGAACAGCUGAUCAAAAUGAACCCAGCGGUGCUAAGGUUGGAAGGGGCAGUCAGGGAAUCUUGAAUACAGACCAGGGUCUGAAAGCCCGAAGCAAGUUCUCUUGGGGAGGCAGAGGCAGAAGAUGUGAAUCCACACUGUCCUGGAAAGAAGGAGGUACCUCUGGUUGCGUACUUAAUUCGUUCUGGAGGUCUGUUCUUAACCUGAAGCACCACUUUAGCUAAUGGGGCCUCCCGCUGCCACGGCGCCACUGGAGCACAAUUAGGCCCCAUUAGCUAAAGUGGUGCUUCAGGUUAAGAACAGUUUCAGGUUAAGAACGGACCUCCGGAACGAAUUAAGUACGUAACCAGAGGUACCACUGUACAACUGCCCGAGCCCAAUAAUUUCAAAUGCUGCUGAUGGACGCAUAUUUACCACCUACCCUCCACCCAGAUCCUUAAACACUGCAAGGAUUUCUGUCUUCCACAUAAUCAGUUGCACCCGUGGAACUCUAGUUUCUUCAAAAGUCUGGGGCCCAGCCCCGUUUUAAUGCUGUCGGUGUGACAUCAGCUUGGGUGCUCACAUAAGUGAGCUCUCACGUGUUCCUUUCUGGAGCAGGGCUAGAGCCCUGAUCAAAUGCUUCCCACUUCCUUGCCUUUUGCCUUGUGAAGAGCUGCUGACGGGAUCAGUUGACUUGGCAGCACCUUGUGGGGCAAGCAACCGCUAACAUCAUCCCCUUUCCCUGGGGCAGAAACCGCCAGAGAACUGGCAGCAGGGAACAGAAGGGGAUCUGUUGUGGAUUCACCUUUUGAGGAUGGCAGUAUUGCUCUAGGCGGCGAUGCUUCCCUUUCCUGUGGGGUGGGGGCAGCUGAGCAUUUGUACUCCGGAGAUGAGUGCAUAACUGUCUUGCACGCAGCUCAUGCCAAGGGCUGUGCGUCACGGAGGGAGGGACUUGUGGAACGAUUCCCAUGGGAGCUUUCUGGGUCAGAUAUCUUUCCUCGGUCUUAGGUGGUCUGGAUCGCCUGGCAAUCUUGGUUUCAGCAUCUUACAAGGCUGUUAGCCCUUGUAAGUAGUACCAGGAUCAAAAAUGCAUUUUAGUUUACUAGCUGCUUUUCCGUCCGGUAAAUGAGGCUUACAUAACAAUACGUAAAUAAUGCAACAAAGAAAAAUAGUUGUGUACAAGUGGCAGCACUAAAAAAGCCAAAUGGAACCUAAAAGCGGCAGGUUGAAAUUUGAAGAUGAAAAGCAGAUCAAAGCAGUUAUAUAAAAAAGGUUACAGCUUAAAAGAUCGCUUUUUUAAUAAACCUGUUACUUGAGUUUCAUGUAAAGAAAUACGCAGUGAAAAAAUGUGAUAAGCAUACAGUCAAUUGAUAGGUAUGAUUAGAACUCUGAAAAGAUCAAUGUAGCAGCAGCAUAAUCGAAUGUUCAGGAAAUAAGAAAUUAAAUAAUUUGAGAAUGGCCUUUUGCUACAGCCUGUCAAACUAUUUAUGUGACUGGCAGCUGCUCUCUGGGUGUUGGAUGGAAACAAGGUCUUUCCCGUCAUCUUCUCCCAGAUCCUUUUAACUGGGAGGUGCAGAGAAUCGAGUCCAGGAUCUUCUGCACUCAAAGCACUGAGCUGUGUUGCUGUUCCUGCAGUGGAGUUAGGCAGGGAGGUGCCAGGUGGCCCUUCCUGGGCAGAGAUUAGUUUCAGAGAUUAGUGAUCAUCCCAAAGGAAGCUGUACUCUGUGCAUUACUUUUAUCUCACCUUUAUAACUGGGGAUCCAUGUAAGGCUGCUGAUCUCAGAAAGUGGGAAGUAUACGUAGGAGAAGAGACAGGGCCCAGGCAGUUUAAGACUUAUUUAAGGUUAUUUACCCAGUUUGCGCCCCGUCCAGAAGUACAUUGGAAGCCAGUGCAGAUAGGCCUGACUUGGAGCGAUAUACUCCCUUUGAGUCUGUUCUUACUAAUAGAGAAGCAGCAGUCUGCAUUAGCUGCAGCUUCUGAUACAUUCUGAUGAGUAGCUCAACACAGAACACAUCACAGUAGUCCAGCAGAGAAUCUGGUUAGACACGGAACUGCUCUAUUUUUGUGGCCUUGAACAAGCGACAGCCCAAGUGUUUUUUUCUUUCAUUCUCUGCACUCUUCCUGUGGUUGUAGGGGAGGCUAAGCACAAUUGAGAAAACCUCCCUGCACAUAAAUGAAUAUAAAUGGUAAAGGAUUGUAGGUUUCCUGCUACUGCUGCUUCAACUUUGGAGUUAACUUACUACAGCAACUGAUAUACCUCCAGUAGAAGUUUUCAUAAUAGCAAUAAUAAUAAUUUAUUAUUUACAGUCUACACUGCCCACUCUGGGCAGCUUCCAGCAAAUUAAAAUACAAAACGACAUCAAACAUUAAAAACUUCCCUAAACAGGGCUGCCUUCAGAUGUCUUCUGAAAGUCAGAUAGUUGUUUAUUUCCUUGACAUCCGAUGGGAGGGCGUUCCACAGGGCAUGCACAACUACCGAGAAAUGCUCAAGAGUGAUUUACGUAAAACGGGUGGGGAAUGUUGGAUCCCGUCAGCCCCAGCCGGUGUAGUCACUGGCCAGAAAUGUUGGGAACUGUAGUCCAGGAAGAUCUGCAGGGUGACAGGUCCUCCCACCGUAAAAGGUAAAUGUCUGGCCCAAUAGCUUCAUGGGUGAGUUGGGAUUUGAACUUGCUUCUCUCCAGUCCUGAUUACUACACCCUGCUGAGUCCCUUGAGCACAACAGUUUUAUGCCAGCCUUGAGAGGAAGGAGGCGUGGCUGGCUGAAGGAAGGAAGGAAGGAAGGAAGGAAGGAAGGAAGGAAGGAAGGAAGGAAGGUGUUUCAUGGCACCGGGAUUCUGAACUAUAUUCCUCCUGCCAACAGAUAACCCACAGAGCCCUCUUCCCUGGGGACUCGGAAAUCGACCAGCUCUUCCGCAUCUUCCGCACCCUCGGCACGCCGGACGAGACUGUGUGGCCAGGUGUCACCUCUAUGCCCGACUACAAAUCCAGCUUUCCCAAGUGGGCCCGACAGGACUUCAGUAAGGUUGUGCCGCCUCUGGAUGAGGAGGGCAGGAAACUCCUAGCGGUGAGUUAGCAAGGCAGCGCGGACAGAGUCUCAACAGCUUUAGGGGGGAAAGGGCGUUGAGCAUUAGCAAAUAUCCAGACCACUGGGAUGAGAGCAUUUGCUCUGUACAUGUCUUCAGCCCCGCGCCCCAAGUCAUGGAUCACUUCCUGGAGUAAAGUCCGAUAAAUGGAAUUCUGGCUUUUUAGAGAGAUUUGAGUAUGCAUUCCCAUGCAAGUGUCUAUAUCUUGCAGAGCUUAAGCCCAGUAAUCCUUAGGAAGUGGCAUAUGCCUGCCAUUGCCUUCAGAAUGAUGCUUUGGCAGUCCUGGCUUUGGAUCUGCUUUAAACACCACUCCACCCCCCCAUAUAAAAUCAGAUUUCCACACCAAAAGAAAUAUAGCAGAUCAAUGUCCAGUGAAGACUGAAUUUUUCCACGAAGACAUUGGCUUCUGCCUGUUCUCUCUGCUUGUCACCAUAUUUGCGAGCUAGCUUGUUCCUAAACUGUUUCAGAUUUUGGUUAUCCAUUAUCUCCUGGAUGGUGCGCUCGUUAUCUUCUGAUUUUGGCAAAUAAUCAAGAAAUUUUAGCAGUCAAGAGAUGUAUUCAUUCCCUAUUCUCAAUUAGAGCAACAUCUUUAACAUCUCCAAAUAACAAAAUGUGAGGGUGCAUGGGUAAAGUGUAGCCUGUUAUUUCUUCGUUUUCCAGUAUUCUACCAUCAUUUUCUGAAUUUAGGACACAUCCAGAAUAUAUUCCACAUCCCACUGCUUUCACCUUUACACCUCACACGCUGUUGUAUAUACUGUAUCUGAUUAAGAUGUAGCAGUGUUAGGUACCGACGGAAGAAAAACUGCCUUUAUACUUAACCUCUGUCUGUUUGUGGACCUCCCUACCUAUAACAUCCCUAGCUGGGGCUGAUGGGAAAUGUAGUCCAAGAACAUCUGGAGGGAACCAGGUUCCAGCUGAGGCUGCUGGGAAUUGCAGUCCAAGAACAUCUGGAGGGAACCAGGUUCCUCACUCCUGCUUUCUGACAUUUUGCUCUUGUUGCCGCAAACUCCUCCUUCCUAUAUUUCACCACCUCCCUGUUCUCAGUCCUGUUUUUGUUUUGAGUUCAGCCUCUGCUUUUGCUUCUGGGGUAACAUCUGUGUCCCACUACAGAGACUAUAUCAUGUGUCUCCUGUGCAGGACCGAGGAGAGUUGGCUGCCCGUUCUUGGGCACCCUGCGUGCCGCUAACUCUUUGCUUCUUUCCCCUUUAGCAAAUGCUGCAUUACGACCCCAACAAGAGGAUCUCGGCCAAGACCGCGCUCAACCACCCCUUCUUCCGGGAUGUCACAAAAGCCGUGCCGCACCUCCGCCUGUGAGAGGAGAGUGGAGCCCGCAAACCUGCCCUCUGGCAAACUCAGCAGCCCGUCCCGUCUUGGAUUGCGCCAGGUGCCUGCACUUAGAAAAGACUUUUCUCAACUUCACCCUGAAUGGAAAACUGGAGGUCCAGCCCACACCUUUGGGGUUGUUUUAUAUUUACUCCUGGGUUUAUUUUAAAGUACUAGCUGAGUGUGGAGGGUGCCUCCAGACUGACUUUCCAUGAGAAGAGAGGCAGAAGCCCCCAGAGCCAGCCGCCGCAGGAAGUCUAAUUGCUCAGGAGGCGACAGUGUCAUUCCUUUUUUAAAAAAACCCCAGGAUUUCUGUCUCUCUUCCCUUGGUAACUUUUACAAAGCGUCUUCUGUACUGUCGUGACUCGCUCAAUUCCAGCUUCCUCUGCAAAGGUCAGCUGUGCAUUUGCUUGAGCGGUCCUUGCUUCCAGCAGCCAGAGAUGGCGUCUUUCUGAUUUGGAUCAUGGGUAUUGGUUGGUGCUUGCAUGAUAAAGUCCUCCUGGUGCUGGCAGAGGUGCUCACCAUUUCCUUUCCGAUUGGAUCCUCAAUGAGGACUAUGCACUUAACUAUCCACUUUUCACAAGCAGGAAGAUUUCCUUUUGUUAAGGAGCUGGGCAAUGCCUGCAAUAUGCGAACCUGAUAUUCCUCAUUGCACCAGCGAUAGCAGUCAAAAGUCUGGUAGCCUUUUCCUGAUGGACCAUGGUUUGUGAUGCUUGCUGGUUGAAGCCCACAAGAAGCCCUUGGAAAAAGAAGUUGGACUGUCAAAGCUCAUAAGAACAGCUUGCUAACCAGCCACAUGACCACUGUCUGUAUGUUCAUUGGGGGCAAUGGGCAUUACCCUAUCCACUUUACAAUAUCUUACUGUCUUGUCUCCUGUACAUGCCUUUCUGGUCUGUGGCACUGAGUCACAGGCCUUUCCAUCUGUGUGGGUGGGUGGCCGAUUUAAUGACAGAAGGUGGGAAACUUUCAGUUCAUUGCUCUUUGGGCUCAAACUUAUUUUUGGUAAACUAGCAAAGCCCUCAGCUGGAAUGGAUCUGCCAAGUAGCUUUGUCUUCAAGCAGUGUGUUGUGUGAAAAUAGAUUGAUAACAAAAAUUGUGCGCGAGUGCUUGUUAAUUUUUUGAAGUUCAGGUGUGAGAAUAUUAAAGGGAUAAAAUUGCAGUUAUUUCUCCUCUCCCCUCUUGUAUUUUAGCCAAAAUAAUGCAACUCCUACCUUCAGUUAGGAAAUUAUUAUUUGUGAACUGCACUGUUCCAAGCUGCAAAUGUCAACACCUCUGUCUUUGUGCUACUAUGCCUUGAAGGCACUCAGACCUCUCAGGUUAUUUCAGUGAAAUGCAAGGAAUAGGUGUGAUUUGAGGUGCAGACAAACAUUUAAUCUAUGGACAGAAAUCUAAACUUUCAAUCCUGAUUAGUUUCUUAUAAAUUACAUGUGAUGAACUAGAAUUCUAAUCUUUUAGAACUAGUGUAAUUGGUAGAGAUCACUCAGUCACCUGGAUUGAGCUGGUUAUAAAAGCUUGUCUGCAGAAAGCAAGAUUCACUAUGAAACCCAAAAGACAGCCUGCUUAGUGCACCGGUGCUGCAAUAAUUUGAAUCAUCUAAACAAAGUCUCUUUGCCUUCUCUAUAGUAAACUUUAAAGGUGUUUUUCUAGUUGUUUUGACAAAUCCCACUUACCAAUGAAUAGUGUGAUGGGUCCAAAAUGUGAGACUUCUGUAAAGCAAGGGAUCAUUUCUUAUUUCUGUAAGGUUUUCGUUCCUUUUUUGUAACUUAAGAGGUAUGUUGGAGCGAUAUACACAUUUUCUACAAGAAAAUGUGUUUUGUGAAGUAACAUUGCCUAUUCAAAUUCAGUGAAUAUUGAAGGAGGGGAGUUACCCCUUCAUCAUAAGCCAUAAUCUAGUCUUCAUUCAUGGAUGAAGUGUCUGGUGUUUUGGGUCUAGAUGAAGGCUUACUUUUAACUAUUCUUAGAUAUAUUCUCUCUAUGAACAACUGUAUUCUGUAUAAAGACAACAUGCUAACCUGGCAGACGUGAAUGGGUCUUCAUUGAGAAAGUGUGGCAUUUCGGUUCCGUUAAGCUGAAAAUAUGCUAGCUGUGGGUAACUUUAAAAUGCCAGCAAUACACCAUCCAGAAAAUGUCAAGGUAGAAAGGGUUUUGUACCCUCCCCGUAGCACUAUGCAUAUGCAAUAUUUAGAAGUGAGACUUUUUUCUUCUCUCUUCCACCUUCCCUUCAUCUUUCGGAUUAGAAGAUGUUUAUAUAUUUAUAAGGCUGUUGUUUUUAAAAAAGAGUUCUGGUUUUGUAUAGAACUUGUUAGUCUAAGCACCUUGUAAUUAAACUUUUUUAAGG